AUGACCGAGCUCCGGCAGCGAGGAGGCGGCGGCGAUGGCAAGGGCGUUGGGGAGGACCCGGACAGCAAUGACAACCUGAGCGACAAGGAAGUGGCAUGUGAGGACGACAGGUUGAUGGGCAUGCAGGGAGACACAGAGGGCGAGUGCGACGUAGACACCAAAGCGGAUGGAUCCGAUGUACCGGCUUCCACGGCAGACACAGAUAACACACCGCAGUGCCUCAACAAGGCUCUGGAGGGGCUGCCGCCCAGAUGGAAGAAUUACUGGAUCCGAGGAGUUUUAUCCCUCGCCAUGAUAUUCGGAUUUUUCCUCAUCAUCUACCUGGGACCAAUCGCUCUCAUUUUGAUUGUGAUGACGGUGCAAAUCAAGUGUUUCCAGGAAAUCAUCACAAUCGGCUACAAGGUCUAUCGCUCCUACGACCUGCCCUGGUUCCGUACGCUCAGCUGGUACUUCCUGGUGUGUGUCAACUACUUCUUCUACGGCGAAACACUGGCCGACUACUUUGGCGCUCUGGUGCAGAGAGAGGAGCCUCUUCAGUUCCUGUCCCGCUACCACAGAUUCAUCUCCUUCGCCUUGUACUUGGCAGGGUUCUGCAUGUUUGUGCUGAGUUUAGUGAAGAAACAUUACCGCCUGCAGUUUUACAUGUUUGCGUGGACCCAUGUGACACUGUUGAUUGUGGUGACUCAGUCGCACCUUGUCAUUCAGAACCUGUUUGAAGGAAUGAUCUGGUUCAUUGUGCCCAUCUCCAUUGUAAUCUGCAACGACAUCGGAGCCUAUCUCUUCGGCUUCUUCUUCGGCCGCACUCCGCUCAUCAAGCUCUCACCCAAGAAGACAUGGGAGGGAUUCAUCGGCGGUUAUUUCUCCACCGUCAUCUUUGGAUUCAUUUUGUCGUCGCUGCUGUCCCAGUUCCAGUACUUUGUGUGUCCGGUGGGCUUGAGUAGCGAGAGCGGCAGCCUGUUCACGGUGGAAUGCGAGCCAUCCGACUUGUUUGUGCUGCAGGAGUACAAACUACCCGCGCUCGUACGCAACUUUCUCCUGCCUUGGGAAACGGUGACGCUGUACCCGUUCCAGAUCCACAGCAUCUUCCUGUCGUCCUUCGCGUCGCUCAUCGGUCCAUUCGGCGGUUUCUUCGCUAGCGGCUUCAAGCGAGCCUUUAAGAUCAAAGACUUUGCCAGCACCAUCCCGGGACACGGAGGCAUCAUGGACCGUUUUGACUGUCAGUAUCUGAUGGCCACCUUCACCCAUGUUUACAUUGCCAGCUUCAUCAGGGGCCCCAAUCCGAGUAAAGUCCUGCAGCAGCUGCUGAUGCUGCAGCCCGAGCAGCAGGUGAGUAUCUUCAACACGCUCACCGCGCACCUCAAGGACCGAGGGUUGCUGCCCCCCACAGCCUGA